AUGAAAAAAAAUAAUUUUGUUAAACUUGAUACUAUACAAGAAGGUGACCGAGUAACGUGUGAUUAUGCUGAUAUUUAUUUCGAAGAUCAGUGUAAAGACACUGAGACGUCACAAGAAGAUGAGAUCAGUAAGGUGGUGUCUCAUGAGAAAGAUGAUAAAGAGGAAUGGAUAUCCCCCAGUGACUUACUUAUCGGUGUAGUAGAACUGACACCUCCUUUUACAUCGAGAAUCACAAGAGGAAAAACACAGGAGGGUAUUCUAGCUAUUGGCAAUGAGUUGUUGGAUAUUGAACACGCAAAGUUUUUAAAAUCAGUAUCCGCUCUGUUGGAGGAAAAUGACACUUCUUGGAAAUACGUUUAUAAGUUUCAGAGACGAUUCGUUGAGAAGAAAGUGAAGAGCAUUUACCAAAAUAUAUUCAAAAUCAAAAGUGCUAUAAUGCAGAGAGAAAUUUCUAAUUUCUAUCAAAACACUCUUCAAGAACUUGAAAACUAUCUGAGAUCUGAAAUACGGGACAUCAUUGAAAGCGCUCAGGCUGACAUCAUAAGUAAACUGAACGGGGAAAUAAAGUUGAAGCUUGAAAAAGAAAGACGAGUUUUGGAAAAAACAUUGCAAAAAAGAUUUGAUUCGGAAAUAUUGAAGAUCAGGAAAUAUUAUAUGUUAUUGUUACACAAUGAAACAUACAGGAACAACAAACUUAUAAAGAAGGCUAUACAGGACAGAAACGAUGCUAUAAAGGCUUUUUGUCACCACAUAGAUUCAAAACGAAUUACAACUGCCAUGUACAUAAUGAGUUCAGAAAGGAAGAAGUGUCGCAUGAAACAACUGCUGGUAGAAAAUAUACAAACGAGAGAAAUAAAUGAAUUAAUAGAGAAAAUAAAACGAAGAGAAGAUGUGAUAGAAGCAUUCAGACAAAAAGAUAAGCGGAUCGCCGACAUCAACUGGGAGUGGGAGCAGAACAUACAAAACAUACUGCGUCUGUUCUUAAAGUUUUUAAGUUUCUCAUUGAAACUACUGCCGGAACAAACAACCUUCCUAUUAGAUUUUGAAAAGAUGGUUAUUUUACAAUUAAAUGAAAUAGCAAAAAAUCCUCAUCUUAAAUCUUCUAUCUUGAUUGAAGAAGAAAAGGAUCUGAAAAACGUUUUUAAAUUUGAAACAAAAACACCAGAAGAAGAGGUGUGCACAGAGAAACCAUUUGUUAUAGUUGGUGAUCUAUCCGAUCCUAUCCCUUACGAAUACGGAAGCAGAGAAACGAUACCUCCCGAUGUAGAUCUGCCUUAUUUUACGCUAGAAAGGCAAUAUAUUUAUGCUAAAUGUCAUGGUUACGAAAGUAUAAAAGAGUUUUUGAGAACCCAAAUAUGUUUAUGUGACAAACCAAAUCAAAAGGAACAGAGGCCAGACCACCAGUCGGCAGUGUCAACGGUGAGUGUGUUUAAAAAACCAGCUCCACAGGCCUCUGCUUCGAUUGUCAGAAGCACAUCUUUGACCGAAACAUUUAUUGUAAAUGAUAUCUCGCGUAUGGAAGAGUGUCCAGUCCGAAAAUGUGGUGACUGGGGCAAGAGAAACACAUUCCCAUACUUAGCCUCGUACCUCGAUUACACAGAGGAUAACUACAGAAGAGUUACGACAAUUCUAGGAGAACCAUCAAAGUUGGACUCCCUUCCCCAAAACACGAGUGCGAAAACAAUCGCUAGACAGGAGUUACCAUUUUCUAAAACGAAGGAGCAAUGGCACACGGUAGGAACUCAAUACUCAAGUCAGGAAGAAAUAGCCAUCAAAGAAGUCCCAUGCUCGUGUACUGAUGAUUUUAAUAUGAAAUGUCCAACAGACACAGAUGUACCCUUGACCUCCACUAUAAACGAUAUAUUAUUGAAACGUAAGAGAUCGUUGGAUCGAUUGAUACAUGAUAAUCCUAAUUUGCUUAAAAUAUUCACAGACGAGUGCUUUGAUUAUAAAUUAUAG